CCAGCCUUCUUACACCUCAAACUCACAGCAGACUCCCUGGCCAUCUUCUCUCAUUGACAAACCUCACACAUGGCUCGACUUUUCCGCGAGAGACAACCAAACCUAGGUCAUGCGCCAACGAGCAAGAAGAGCCUGUGUACCAUGCCGCCGGAGGAAGAGAAAAUGCGAUGGUCAAGUACCAUGCCGGAAUUGCAGCGAUUACGAGUACCGCUGCGUAUAUGAGCCGACAGCUUCGCGCAAAUUUAGCUUGGAUGAAUCGCCCAUGCCGGCUUCCAAUGUUAUGCCCAGGCCAGUGGGAACAAACUCACAGGUCUCUCCGGCACAUACGAAUGUGGAAGAGAGAACCCACCGAUCUCCUCAAUCUCCAGCCCGAACUCGUGGAUUCCUCGACCUCCUCAAAUCUCGAUAUAUGAAUAAGGAGUCCUCCGUGUCCUUUCCUCGGUCUCUGGCGGUCGAGCUGCAAACCUCCGACCUUCCUCGUCUUCACGCUUUCGCUUACCACGCUGGUGUUCGAGGCGAGCCUACAUUCUCCUCUCAACAUCAUCUUACCGACCUGAUCACUCUGGUUCAGGUCAAAAGUCUUCUCGAUAUAUAUGAGUCAAUCAUUCACCCGAUCUUUGGCUUUCUAGAAGUUGAAACCCUUGGCCGUCAAUGCGAUGCGCAUUGGAACAAUAAUGCCCAAGGAGUAACUUUCGAGGUCAUAGCUUGUGGUUUCAUCACCCUGGCGUCGCUCUUUUCUAACUUUCUCACACCACAAGUUGAAGCUAUCAUCGUGGAGCACGCCAAAGGCCUUCUCGAAAGCCCGUACCCGGUCAGUACUCCAUCUGUACACUGGGUCAUGGCAUGGAUUCUACGAACCAUCUAUCUUCGAGCAACAAGCCGGCCUCACAUCGCCUGGAUGUCCUCCUGCACCACAAUGCACGUUGCCGAGGCCGUGGGACUACAUCGAAGCCCUGAUGAAGUAACGAUUUUAGCCAAUUCGAAUACGAAUCUCCUCGAACAGACCAUCGAAACUCGCGAGAGGACAUUCCAAGUCGCACGAAGUUUGAACCUGCUCAUCUCGUACGACUAUGGCAGAUCAUUCAUCAACCUUGGAGCGAGCAACCCGAGGCCCCUCACGUCCCGACAGAACGAUUUUACCAGCCAGAUAUGCGGCUUAGUAUGCGGCAUUGCAGCAGAUGAUGCCGCCUCUGACACAAUUUCUGAAAAUACAGAUUUAUUCUUACUGCUGGACAAAGUGUCCAGUGCACCAGCCGAACAUGAUUUCAUUGUCUUGACAAGGGCAGAACUGGCUUUCUGCAUAUACCGUCGGUUGCAUCACUUUGGGCACAUCUUGACUGAAGACAAGAUAGAUCAGAUAAUCGAAGUGGGUGUGCCCGCCCUGGAGGCCGCACGUCGCCUUGCAGCCGUGGGGCACCCCUGGUGGAAUGUUCUUGGGACAGUAUUCCACUUCAUCUGUGUUUUGCUCUCGAUCAACUCUAAUAGCAGUCUCGAAAGGGUGGCCGAGGCAGUGCGGACUCUAGAGGCCUUAGCACAGUACCUGGACACUCACAUGGCCAGGGAAGCUGUCCAAACAGCAAAGGACCUUGUCAAGGCUGCAUUGGACCAGAGGCGAAAAGCCACACAGAGUCUCGAAAAUGCCUUGACGGGCUCUGCGGCAUCGGGAACGUCUCCGAACGUGCAGAACUUCCAGGACUCUGAUUGGAAUUUGUUUCUGCAACCUUUUGACCAGAACUACUUUGAGAAUUUCGCCGACUUUCCGCAGCAGUACUUUGCAGAAAUGCCGCAGCAGAGUCUCCCUGACAUGGCUCAGAGUGGGAGUUGAGGGCGCGACACAUUGAGGCGCACUCUUUGUGCAUGUAGGUAGGUAGAUAUUUGAACCAACCAUAAUGUAUCCGGGUACUA